GCUACAACAACGAAAGGAGGAGGGCGCGAGACAAGAAGCAGUGGGGCAAUUUAUCAAGAUAACCUGACUUUCAGCUCCGUUAAUGGGACAUUUCAACUUCCCUACUAAAUUCUUUGCACACUAGUCGCCAGUGUGGAUGAGGGAAGCAUGCAGACCAUAAAGUGUGUGGUGGUGGGCGAUGGUGCCGUGGGUAAGACUUGCCUGCUUAUCUCCUACACGACCAACGCCUUCCCAGAGGAGUACAUCCCCACCGUGUUUGACAACUACAGCGCCCAGAUAAGUGUGGACGGCCGCGCCAUCAGCCUUAACCUGUGGGACACGGCAGGCCAGGAGGAAUACGACCGCCUGCGCACCCUCUCUUACCCCCAGACCAACGUCUUCAUCAUCUGCUUCUCCAUCGGCAGCCCCUCCUCUCACGCCAACGUACGGCACAAGUGGCACCCAGAGGUAUCCCACCACUGUCCCGGAGUUCCAGUGCUGCUGGUGGGCACCAAGAAGGAUCUGCGUGGAGAUACGGAGGCGGUGAAGAAGUUGAAGGAGCACGGCUUGACCCCCACCACCCAACAGCAGGGCAAUGCCUUAGCCAAGCAGAUCGGUGCUGUCAAAUACCUGGAGUGCUCAGCUCUGAUGCAGGAAGGUGUGAGGGAGGUGUUCGCAGAGGCUGUGCGAGCUGUGCUCUACCCCGUUACCAAGAAGAAUGACAAGAAGUGUGUUCUGUUAUAACUUUGUGCCUAGACUGUAGGGGGACAGGGGGAAGAGACUCACACAAUUGGCUUGGCCAUUUUGGCUCCCAAUAGGCCUUCCACGUUCUAACCCUCACCACUGUUAGCUUUGCCUGGCUUCUAUGUUAAUUGAUUGUUUGUCAAGAGGUCCUCUCCAUUAAGAUAUGGUUUUAAUUGAUGCCAUCAGCCUUCCUAUGGAUUUUUUGUACCUCUGAAAUCAAAAACCAAAAUGAAGAUGCCAAGGGAUUUCGAUGGAGCCUUCUCAGCUGCCUUAAGUGUCCCCACCAGCUACAUGUUUAAGAAGAUUACAUCUGCUUUUCUUUUCUCCUUCAUCAGGCCAGUCUUAUAACGUGUUGGACCUUUUCUGUUAACCUUGCCCUCGUUUUCAUCUGAUGUGAAUCGCAGGAAUUUUGUGUCAAUCAAUAGCCACCGUGUUAAACAUUUUGUUCAUCCCUCUGUGCCAUUAUAGUUAUAGUCUUAUUACAUUAGGGCUGUCAAUAAGAGACAGUUUGCCUCUAACGUGGCUCAUAAGCCAGGGUCGCAGGACAUCCGCUGAACUAGCCUCGCUGGAAUUAGACAAGCAAGGGUAUAUGUAUGACACUGUUACCCCAAACACAGGCACACUCUGAUUAGAUCAGUCUGUCUCCUAUUGCUCUUUCACUUACUCACACUCCUUCUCUCUCUCUUACUCUGUAAAGCCAUGAGCUUGCCAUUGCACACAAUGUUUUUUUGUUAAAACAAAGUCCUGAUUGUCUCAGAGAUUUGAAUACAGAUUUGGAUGGCCAUGUCUGCUAAGUAAACAGAUCCCAAAGAUUAAUCUUCCAUUUGUAUUGCUGUUGUUGGAAGAAGUUGGCAAGAAAUAAUUUUAUGAGUGAUUGAGAGACUCCUCUCCCCCAAAAACUCAAACCUUCAGUCAGCUUACCUGCUUAUGCGUAAUAAACCAUAAGUCAAACAGAAACCACAAGGCAAAUACAUUCCAUGUUAUAUUGGCACUGAAAUCUAUGUGCUGAUUAAUGCUACGCAUUAGGAUGUCAUAAAAAUCCUGUACUGUUUAGCGUUACCGCCCUCAUGUAGGUACGUGUGUUGAAGGUACCACAUGUCAGCAGUGAUGCUACUCAUUUGUGGCUAACUGUGUUAACUUAUCUAGGGGUAAUGGCAAGUAUGUAUGACUAAUAAUGCAACAGGAGCUGCAACCCUAACAGUUACUAAUAUUGCAUGGGCUGCAUGAACAUGCUUGUGGGAUAUUGGAGUGGAAAGGUAUGUGCCUCUGCUGCAGGGCAGAUGCCUACCUGAGAAGUGCCUACAUAUUUUAUCCAAACCACUCUAGCAGGAUUCUUUCAGUGCCUGCUGGUUAUUAUUGGUAUGACUAGUUCUGUCGUUUGCCUCGUACCUUUGGUGAUGUCAUAUGGGAUCUGUGCAGCUUCUGUCCUUAAGGGCCACAGGGUCAGCUGGUUUUCAUCAGACCGCAGCAUUGAAUUGAAUGUAAAGUAUUGCAUUUGAUGGACACCUGUUUAUAAGUCAUAGUAAAUCUGCUGACUGGACAAUACAUGUGGUGGAAACCUGCAGAGUCUGUAGCACUUGAGAAUUAAAGUUGCACUUCCUCUGUGUGGAAGUCUUUGCCUUCUCAAACAGAUGGAAUGCCCCCCACCACUGCCUGAUAAUAAAUGGGUUCUGAUGGAAUGUCGUAGGUUUCUUAACAGGUAACCUGCUUUGACAUGUAUAACAGGUGAUAAAGGUAAAAUUAAUAAGGGCAAUUUUGUUUACAUUUUUAAAAAAUAAGGCCGACAUAUUCUCUUAUGUCUUUGGAGCUCAAUGCCAUUCUGUACUGCAGACUAAAGAGGCUUGGUUGUGGAAUUUAUGAUCCAAAAGAGACAUUUGGCAUUGGAUAUUUUAUCAUCCAUUUAAUUCCGGAUACAAGUGCCAUGGUCUUUAUCUAUUAUGUGUAAACACUCGACUUGAUUAUAUAUUUUGAAUUAAUCAUUUUUUUACAAUGGGAAGUCGAUGUGUGUACUUUACAAUACAUCACAUUUUAGAUCAACGAUUGUUACCUUACAUUAUGUAACAUGCAUUACAUUUACAAAUAAUUACUUUGAUAACAAUUUCUUACAAUUAAUUAUAUAAGCGUAAAAAUCAAAGGUAAUGUAAAAUAAUGGGCAACUCAUUUCUUAAAUCUAUUGUGUCGUCAGAGCAGGCAUCAAGGAAACAUCACCUAAGUUAAAAAUUAUAUAUAUAUAUAUAUAUAUGAAAUGUCUCUCCUAUACUUACAUAUCACUGAAAGGGUCAUGUGUGGUACAGUGAACCCAAACCAUAUAUUUGGUAUUCCCCAGACUUGCCCUGCUGCACACAGCCUAAAAUUGCUGAAAACUCAUGUUUGGCCUCUUUUAAUCUCCUUUAGCUGAAAGGGAUGACUUGGCCUUGAAGUGCCUCAAGGAUUGUAUGGUGGUAUGUGGUUUUUGACAUAAGCACUGUGGAAUUUGAUUUGUGCGUUAAAAAUUAAUUUUAACUGCAACAAAAUCCACUUGAAUAACAAUUCUGUGGAAAAUAUCAGUCAUGCCAAAUAAACACAAACGUAAACUUUUGAAUUUA